CCUUUAUGAGGAAUUUCGCGCUUGGCCACUCAAAAACCAGUGUUCCUAAUUUGUCGCAAGUGUUCGAGAAAAGCCACAAGAAACACUUGGGCGGAGAGGAAAUGCACGCUGAAUAAGGGGUGAGGGAGCUGCGGGUUAGACAAGGUGAGGCGAAUCGGGGUUGGAGUUUUAGUUCGGUGAAGCAUUGCCGUUAGGAACUGCAGCUAUGGCGGCGACUCAAGCAGUUCACCAGGUCUUGUGCUCCUCAGCUGCAGUUGCAACCACCAGCUCCGAGGUUCAGUCCUGCAAGGGUGGAUUGACCGCCAAUUCACUCUCUCUGCUACCUGGAUCGUCGUUCCACGGAUCUUGUGCAGGUCUCCGGGCACAGAAUUCCAGAGCUGUGACCGAUCCUCGACAGGCAGCUGGUGCCAGAGCUGCAAUUUCCGUGGAGCCCACCUCUCUUCCGACGGCGAAGAAGGGGCAGUACGAGAUUACCACUUUCACCACCUGGUUGUUGAAGCAGGAGCAAGCGGGUGUCAUCGACGGAGAAUUGACCAUCGUGUUGUCGAGCAUCUCCCUGGCGUGCAAGCAGAUCGCGUCGUUGGUGCAGAGGGCUGGAAUUUCCAACUUGACGGGGCUGCAAGGAGUGGCGAACAUUCAAGGCGAGGAUCAGAAGAAGCUGGACGUGAUUUCGAAUGAGGUCUUUUCAAGCUGCCUUCGUUCGAGUGGACGCACGGGCAUCAUUGCCUCCGAGGAAGAGGACACCCCUGUUGCAGUAGAGGAGAGCUACUCCGGCAACUACAUUGUCGUCUUCGACCCUCUAGAUGGCUCCUCCAACAUCGACGCCGCUGUGUCCACUGGCUCCAUCUUUGGCAUCUACAAGCCCAAUGAGGAGUGCUUAACCGACCUCGGAGAAAAUCCCACGAUCGAUGAGGUAGCCCAGAACUGCGUUGUGAACGUCUGCCAGCCCGGAAGCAACUUGUUAUCCGCUGGGUAUUGCAUGUACUCCAGCUCCGUGAUCCUGGUCCUCUCAGUCGGCCAUGGAGUCUACGGCUUCACCCUAGACCCACUCUACGGGGAGUUCGUGCUCUCCCACGAAGAGAUCAAAAUUCCCAAGUCGGGCAAGAUCUACUCGUUCAACGAGGGCAACUACGCUCUUUGGGACGACAAGCUGAAGAAGUACGUCGACAGCUUGAAGGACCCCGGUCCCAGCGGCAAGCCCUACUCCGCUCGUUACAUCGGCAGUCUGGUGGGCGACUUCCACAGGACAAUGCUGUAUGGUGGCAUCUAUGGCUACCCCAGGGAUUCCAAGAGCAAGAACGGGAAGUUGAGGUUGCUUUACGAGUGUGCUCCCAUGAGCUACCUCGCUGAACAAGCAGGUGGGAAGGGCUCCGACGGUCACCAGAGGAUUCUGGACAUCCAACCUGAGCAGGUUCACCAACGUGUGCCAUUGUACGUUGGAAGCACGGAGGAGGUGGAGAAGUUGGAGAAGUUCUUAGCUUAAUCUGUUGAAAUUGUUGCGGAUUCCGAGGGCAGAGUAGAGGAGACUGACAGCGUCUUUCGCUUAGCCUCUAAAACGAUUCGGGUUUCUAGCUUUAGAUCAUAUCUAAGGUCGCUCUGCAGCUCCUGUGCCAUUUGGGUGCACACGUGUUCAUUUUGAUAUUUCUUGUAAACUAGUGCUCCGCUAUGUUCUGUGCUUGUGGCGAGAAUGGUCCACAAGACAUGUGAUCCAGGUUUGUAACAGAUGUUCUCUAAUCUCACUGGUUACGUUUCGUUGAGCUGCCCGAAAUGGAUGCAUUACGAAAAUGUAAGCAGAUGUUCGUAGGAUUUCCUUCA